GGUAAUGUGACUUUCUUAUUGUCCUAUUUCCGGGUUCAAUGCGUCAAUAACAACGGUAGUUGCCAAGCAGGAAUAGAAAGUGGAAACAUUUUGUGUGAGAGUUUUUCUGUCAACAUAGAGUGAAAGUAGAAUGUAAACAGCAAUAUUCCGGAAUGGCAGCAGCGGGCGUACAAAUGAAGCUGGCGGUAGGUGCCGACAGCAACCGGUCACGGCGGACGGAAGCCAUGCCCAAGGUGUCCCUGUUCGGGAGCUCCCUGGAAAUGCUCCCGGAAGAGACCGCUCGGUCGGUUAGAGGCCUUGAUCCAUCGAAAAUCAGCGUUCCGAGAACUCCAGGUGGAAAGGGACCUGGGCAGAAAUUUUCACUCCCCGAAGACGUUAGAAAACAAUUACCAGCCGCAGCGGUGUUGGAAAAAUCUCGGCGCGAUUUUGAGACACAGCGUGACAAACUGAGCAAGCACUCGGACGAAAUCCGACGUCGGGAAGAGCAGGUGCUAUACGAGCAGUCACGUGUUCAAGCCCCACCCACUAGUCAGAGAGAGGCACCCACUGACAGACCCCAGUGGUACAACGAGCAAGAUCUACGAGGAUCCCACGAAAUAAACAAUAUAGGACUUAACGAAAAUAGUAAUUUUAACCGGGAUAAAUACGGUAAACGACCGCCUGUUCAUAAUUAUACUUUGAUCGGAGACGUAUUGAGGCCCGGGAUGGAUUUUCCUCGCAGAGAAAGGUCUGAGAUACAGAUGCGGAAUCAGGGAUACGGAUCCGGAGAUUUGAGAGGAAUUCUGGCAGAGCCGACCCAGACGAAAAAGGCACCCGCACUUAGCGCGCGCACCCCAAGAAGGGAACCAAUGACAUUACCCCAAAACAUAAAACACCAGUUCGGUAGUAAAGUUUGUGACAAUGUUUUUUCGGACAAAGACGUCGUGCAAAAGACAAUAAACGACCAAAAAGAAGCGAAGGCACAAGCGCAAAGGAGACGGGGACCAGUAAACGUGCCGAAGUUUAUCAAAGCGGACGUGAACUCGGACUACGAGAUGCUCGGAAACGCUCUGCGCAUGAGUGUGGCUCCCGGCUAUUCCAUUGACAACAAGGUGAGCACGACGAAGACGGCCUUCAAUGACCAGACUCACCUGUUCCGCCAUCCAGACCCGGACAAGUGGCGCUAUCAGAAGGAUGAGCUUAGCAAGUGGCGCGAGGCGCGCUUCCUUCAAAUUCUGCUGUCAAAGGGUUGGGACUCUAUUCUUGACAACGCCCCUAAAUUCAAAAGAGAUUGGGGCCCACCGGAGCCGAGAACCAAGACUGCCCCUGUUACACAAACCCAGGCGAAACCGCAAGGAAGAAGAAAACCAAAAACCGCACCGAAGAAAGCAGACGACAAAAAGAAUGAGGGUGGUUUUGAGGAUUUUGUUUUUCAAACUCCGCCGGUAACGCCACCCCCAGAAACGAUUCAAAUAAAGCCCGGUAACACCCGCGAUACGGAAUUCUGGAACAUGUAUGACAAGGGAUGAGAGUGGGUUGGGGCUAUUCACUAGUAUUUCAUAAACGCGUUCUAAAUGUUACGAAUAAGAAGUCACCUAAAAUAUUUUCUCACUACCAAAACAGAUAUUUGCUAGCAUUAAUAUAAGGUAGAUAACUGGUGUGUGAUCCAACAAUCUGAUGUUCAUCCAUAUAGCAUUUUUAUGUCAUAAAAUGUGAUUCAAAAUGUGUUUUGUAAAACGUGGGCAUUUGUUUGUCUGGGUUAGAAACUCUGUUGUAAAAAAAUGUUGCACUUAAAUUGUGUUAUCAAAAUGUACAUGUCUGACAUUGAGCAGAUUUUGCUCAAAUUAUUGAUAUCCGUCGGCGAAUAUCCACGACUGAACAAUUCCGUUACGUCACAAGUGGGAUAUCCGACGAUCAGUGAUACCAGACAUGAUCCUAGUACAUUUGUUUAUUUUCAAAACAAAAAAACUAAUUUCAACAACCGAAAAUUAAAUGCACAUUUUCUUUUGCCCAAUUGUCACCGAGUAUUCUUUCUUGUGUAUCGUUUUGGAUGUAUUACUUGAUUAUUUUUGUUGAUACCUCCUAAUUUGGAACUGUUGACUGUUUACAAGUACAUUCAUUAUAUUUUAUAUACAUAUUAUAUUGUUCCUAGAUUCCUUUUGUUCCUACUGCUGAUUUUUACAAUGUUACCCCCCCCCCCCCCAUUAGCGUACAUGUAUACCGACAGGUGAUCUUACGGAUUUUUAUUGGUAUUUUGUAUACAUAUUUGUUUUUAAUAAAAACAUC